AUGAUGAUGAUGAAGGCCGAGGAACCGAUUCGAGAAUCCCAGAGGUCCUGCACAGCCAAAAAGAAACUGUCAAGAAGAGCAAAGUCUGGCGGGAGCACUUUUGAGGCCAUCAGUCUCCUUAAGAGCCACCAGUUCUACCGGGAGGCCAUUGCUUUAGCCAGAGCCAGACUCCAGCCGGACGAUCCAGUGCUAAAAGAUUUGUACAUGAGCUGGGCUGCGGUGCUAGAGAAGGACGGACACUACGCCACUGCUGCUAAAUGUUACCUGGCCACAGACUCCAGCUUUGAUGCAGCUAAAGUGAUUGGGAAGAAAGGGGAUGUGACAUCACUGAAGACGGCGGCUCACCUGGCACAGAUAACAGGAGAAACAGAGCUGGCACACUCCCUCUCUCUGAGGUGCGCCAAAGACCUGAUUGCCACCCAGGACUGGAAGGCAGCACAGGACGUCCUGAGGACACAAGACUCACUUUUGGGUCACCGGCUGGUGUUCAGUGUGAAUGAGAUUCUCACUCAGAGACUGGCGGACACAGAUGUGGUCAGCUGGAGUUCGUCAUCUUCCCACUGGUGGUCUUCGUCGCGCGAGGAGGUCUUCUUCUCGGCGGUGUUCAGAGUGUGGCAGAGAGAGUUUGGAGUGGAUCCUGCUGACGUUCACAAACUGCAGACUCUCCAUCAACAGCUGAAAGCCAUCGAAAAUCCUCCGCUUACCACUACUGGACCCGUCAAACAAUUGUUAUCUCACAUCUCAUUGGACGUGACGCUGUGUGCCCUGAGUGAGCUGUUGUGUGAUUGGUCGUCUGUUGUCGAGCAGUUGUUGCGGGCUCUGAGUCGAGCUUCAGAAGCGGGAAACUUCACACUGAUGGCAGAGCUGAGCCUGCUGCUGUUUCCACAUGGUUUGGAGUCGGUGGCGCUUUACAAACAAAAACUAGACCCAUCUGAUGAGAGAAGCUUGUCGAUUUCUCAAAGCGUUGAGGCUUUCGUCUGUUAUCCGUUCAUGUAUGAGAAAUGGUGGACGUCAACGUCGACCAAUGACGCCAUCAGCAACGGUCACCAUUUAACUCUGAACGACGGCGAUGAAGAGAAGCGUAACGGAGAAGCUCAAUCUGAUGGCUUCUGGAAGAUUCUUCUCUCUGAAGCUCACGCUGAUCUGCAGGCCAACCAGAGAGCCAUAGCGGAGAUUCAGAAGAGAGUCAGCAGCCUGAUUCAGCAGCACAGCAGGUGUAAAGACCCAGAGACAUCUCUGGAGGGAUCUGCUGGAGGAACGGGCAGCGAGUCUCUCUCUGUGCUGACCGCACAAGUUGCUGAACACCAUAAAGCUCUCGCUGCCGUCCCGGAACACAUCAGGAAACACCCUUUUCCGGAUGUGAUGGAAUGUUGUAUUGUUCUUCUGCACAUGGAAAAACACUUUAAUCUGAUUCCACAACACAUCUGCUCUGAAGCCACAGCUUUAUUGCGCAAAUAUGGAACUGCAGAGUCUCUUAGUAAAGCUGUGAGGAGACUCAUACACUGACACCUACUGGCUAAUUAGCACUUCCUGUUUUGAUAUGCAGAUAUGUACUAUUCACUUUUGACUAAUGUAUGAAUUAAAUAAAAACAUUCUCCCACAAUUUACUUGUUACAAAAAGCAAUACCUUUGUCAAACACACCAUUCAGGCUGGAAAUGUUUAGCAUUGUUAUAUCCGGAGGCAGGUGGGAAUGUUUGGAGGACUAAUGCUGCAUCUAGACACCUUGAAUGAGGAUUUUCCCCACUUUGUCCACAUUGCUGCUUUAAAGGAAGAGUUCACCUAAAACUGUCAUCAUUUGUUCCAAACUUGUUUGACUUUGUUGAACACAAAAACUGUUUUCAAGAGUUCACACUUAGAUGUUGCUUGGCUCCUGCUAGGUCUUUUAGCAUGUAAGGUGGUCCGAGAUCAGGUAGGUCUUGAGAGCUCCCCCUAGUAAAGGAAAAGGUGGAGAUGGGGUGAAAGGGGGGGAAAUUCUUCCAAAACUAAGAUUCGGCUGUAGGGUGAAAUUGUCUAUUUAUGGUAGGCUUGGAUCAAUCUGAUUGGAUUAUUACUGAUCACAGAUGGGAGACCAGCCACGAUCAAUCAUAUCACAGGCUCCUCUCGAAAUCAGUUAAAAAACUAAAGAAAGCUGGAAACAUGGAACUAUUGACGUCCACAGUUGUUGUUUCUACUAUGGAAGUAAAUGGUUACAGGUUCAGCUUUCUUCAAAAUGUCAUCUUUUGUGGUCAACAGAAGCGAGUUAGUUUGAAAUCACUUGAGGAAAAAGUGAGUAAAUGUUCAUUUUUGGGUGAACUAUCCCUUUAAGUUGGACAUCUGAGUUAUGAACUCUGCAGAUCGAACAACCAAGACUUCAGCAAAACAUAAUUUGACAUCAGAGAUGGCAGCUAAUUCUGCUUCAGUGAGACUUAUAGAUACGGGAUGAAAUUAGAAUCAAUAUUAUUUGCAAAUGCACGCUCUGUCAUCCACAUGCUCUGUUAAUGUUGUAAAUGCAGUUGUAUAUCCACAAAUGAAUGGCUUUCCACCGGAGUCUGUCAAUUGAAGCUUUGCGCAAACAUAAACAUGUUCGUAAAAACAUAUGUUUUGCAUUCAUGCAUCUUAAUUUAAAUUUGACUGACUUUGUUUUUUGUGUGACUGAAUUGUAGGCAAUAGCUCGGUUUCCAGAAAUUUAAAAUUUAUGUGCAAGGAGAAUCAAAGAGAACAAAAUCGACAUCCUGAAAAACUGGCACCAAAUAUCAACAGUAAAAACAGAAUUUACUGUGGUAGAAGAAGCUGCGAGAAUCUUCAGAGGACUAUGCCGACACAAUAAACAGACGCUCUGGGGGUCAUUAACAAUAUAAUAACACUAAAGGUGCGGUCACACUUGACUUUUCCUUCCAUAGACUUCCAUUCAUACGCACGCGAAUGCGUCAGACCGGAAACGCGGGGUCAUGCGUUAAGUUUCGCAGGUUGCUGCAGUGCAAAGUUCAAGCUUGGUGAACUCUAACCUGCUAAAUCGCAUCACUUGACUGCAUGAGACCAAUCGAGGAUCAAAACAGCACCUCUCUGGGCAGAAAUUUAAAACAUGGAGCAAUCGCUGCCUUUUUUUAAUGUCUAAUCAUCUUGUUUAAUCCCGCCCCUUUUCGCAGCGCCGCACGACAGAAUUUCGCACACACAAAGCGCAGUGUGACCGUAGCUUAAUACUGAGAUGGUUCAGGCGUUUUAGAAUGAGCUAAACAAAGUUUCAGAUGUUUUACAGUGUGCUCAGCCUGCUGGUUUGUCCGUUCUUUGAUAUUUGUAUCAUCACAUGAUCUUUUAUAACAAACCUUUUUAAUACACAUACUGGAAUUUGUUCGGUAAAAGUGUUUCCAUUGUUUCCAGUUUAUGCACAUCUUUUCUUAUCAAAUAAAAACUAUCCUACUCGGUUA